AUGAGGGAAAUCAUGCCGAUGGGAACCAGGGACCACGCGGUAUGGAGUCUCCAGGUGAUGUUGAGAGAUUUGGUCAAAACCUGUACAGGCCGGCUGGAGGAGGCAGGCAUCAAAGUGCAGGACGUCCGGCUGAACGGCUCCGCAACGGGCCACGUCUUGGUCAAAGACAACAGCCUGUGUUGCAAAGACCUGGACCUGAUCUUUCAUGUGGCUCUUCCCACAGAGGCAGAAUUUCAGCUGGUCAGGGAUGUGGUGCUGUGCUCCCUUCCAAACUUUCUGCUGGAGGGCGUGAACAAGCUCAAGAUCAGCCCGGUCACCCUGAAGGAGGCGUAUGUCCAGAAGCUGGUGAAGGUCUGCACGGAUACUGACUGCUGGAGCCUGAUUUCCCUCUCCAAAAGGAACAGGAAGAACGUGGAGCUGAAAUUCGUUGACUCCAUUCGGUGCCAGUUUGAGUUUAGUGUGGACUCUUUUCAGAUCAUCCUGGACUCUCUGCUCUUCUUCUACGGCUGCUCCAGCAGCCCCAUCCCUGACCACGUCCACCCCACGGUGAUCAGGGAGAGCGUGUACGGGGACUUCAAGGAAGCCUUUGACCACCUGCAGAACAGACUGAUCGCCACCAAGAACCCCGAAGAGAUCAGGGGCGGGGGACUGCUCAAGUACAGCAACCUCCUCGUGCGGGCCUGGCCCACAGACCAGGAAGCAAUCAAAGCUCUGGAGCGUUCCAGGUGCUCCAGGACUGAUGAAGGCAAGUACGUGGGCUUGGUCAAGCCCAGGACCCUGCGGGCACAGCCACAGAGCUUUCCCUUGGCUGACCUUGUGCCGUGCCAGGCACAGCACCCGCAUGCUACGGUGCAGCCCGGACACCAUCAAACCAGUGUAAGAAAACCUUACAUGCAGAGAGGGAGGGAGGUGUGCACAUACUUAACGGAAGAGAAACUGGUCCUCUGGCAUGAAGGCCUGGUGUGCUUUAACGGUGUGGCAAGCCUGUGCAAAUAA